AUGCCAAAUACCGAGAUGUUGACCCUUGACAUUAAUAGGAUACUCAUUGGUCCACUAAGAAUAUUGAUCAAGCAUGAUGACUCAAGGUUGAAGGGUCUAGAAGGAGAUAUCCAAACAGACAGAGAAAACAUCCCAACAGUUUCCAAAAUGGGGUACCAGACCAUUCUGCUAUUAGUCGGUAUCAUAUUUGCAGUAUCAUUAAAUCAAGCUGGGUCAAUAGGAAUACGUAGAAAUGCAGAAUGCACGAAUCUUAAGACCGAGUUAGAUAAAUUGGCACCAGAGAAUGGACCAAAAUCUAGAAAUGCAACAGAUUCUAUGAAGAUGGACGAGCCUAUUGUGCUCUGGCAAGGGGUUCUGUUAAUCAUCUGUUUUGGAGCAUUUGCAUCAUUUAUAGCCCUUAUCUAUUGGGUUAUAAGGUUGUAUGUUUACGAAGAUACACAGCUAUUGGACACAUUUUUUGAUGCAGGGGCCGAUGUCAGUGCUCCUUUGGUGGCGACAUCUAUCGUGACAAAAUACACGUGGGUAUCCACCUUUGUGGUGUCGUCUUGGGCAGUCACCAAGUGGGGAAUAGUUGGAUCAUUUUGGUACUCUGUGGCGUCAGUUGUACCCGUGUUUGUCUUCUCUAUGGUGGCAGCAGAACUUAAGAUCAAAUCACCGGGAGCAAAAACGUAUUUACAGAUUAUCAAGGCGAGAUUUGGGAGCGCCACACAUGCUAUAUUCCUAACUACGUCGUUCCUGUUUCAUCUGUUUGUCUGUGCACUCAUUAUGAAAGGAGGUCUAGAUAUGAUCACAUACAUGGUUGACGGUUUGUCCUUUGAGAUAGCCAGCAUCAUUGUUGGCAUCGUCGUUGCUAUCUACACUCUGAUAGGCGGACUUGGGGGCACAUUCUACGUGGCGUACUUUUCCUCUGCUUUUACGUAUGUCUGCAUACUCGUCAUGUUCAUCGAGGUGUUCUACAACCUUUUGGACUUUGACACAGGCUUGCUUUUGUUCAACGGGGAUCCUGUUGAACACGGCUCGAUAUCUGCUUCCCUUAUCUACAAACUAGCGAAUUGCGCCACUGGGACUGAUGCUACUGAAGCAAAUGAAGACGACCACUUCCUCACCUUCUUCUCAAAGGGAAGUUUACUCUGGGCCGUGAUUCACACUUUUGCCAGUUUUGCCGUAGUGUUCGUGGACAACAGUACAUGGCAGAGUGCGGUCGCCGCCAAGCCACAGAGGAGCGUCUACGGGUUCCUUACAGGGGGACUAUGUUGGUUUGUCAUACCAUGGAGCUUCUCAGUCAUGAUUGGGUCCAUGUUUCUUGCCUUAACUAUACAGUCUGGGAUGCCGAUUGCCUCGGAAGUAGAAAUCGAGAAAGGACUUCUACCCAUCAUUGUGCUGAAUCAGAUUUUGAGUCCUGCUGGUGAGUUCGUUUUCUUAAUGCUGGUUGUUGUGGCUCUUUGUACCAGUGCUGCAAGUGAGGUUCUCAGUGCUUCUGCGGUCAUCACUUACGAUAUCUACCAGACCUACGUAUCACCAAUUCCUCCAGUCAACUUUAGUCCAGCUGAAGAGAUGUCUCUAAAAAUGCAAGUGGCACUGCGUUUGGAGGAACACAGGGUAUACGACAGGCGCUGUGCUACCAUCAAAUAUGCCUUUGUUGUCGGAGUUAGUGUCAUUCUCAUCCCCAUUGCACUUGUUAUCAAUGUAAUACCGAUUGAUAUGGCGUGGUUGCUUCAGUUUACUGGUAUUUUCUUUGGAUCGGCCGUUUGUCCUAUCGCAUUCGGAGUCAGUUGGUACAGAAUAACGUCCUGGGGAAUGAUGUCCGGAUCUAUCGGGGGAUUUAUCGCCGGAGUUGCGUCGUGGCUGAUCUAUGCCUCAACGCUUGACGGGGGCCUUGUGGAUUUCCGUAAAAAUACAGGAGACGUUUACGCUAUGAUUGUUGGCAACAGUGUAUCAUUCGGUGUGGGAUUGAUUUUAUGUAUAAUCGUGAGUUUGUCGGUUGGUUGCUGCAAUGAUGAUCUAAUCGAAGCUGAGGAGUGGCAUAAGACAAGGUCUCUGGACAACCCCAUCUGCUCCUGGAUAGACUCAUACAUGGAAGAUAUGAAAGAUGAAGAAAGCAGGGAGAUAGCACCCUCCAUAAGUACGAUUCGCAAAACCUAUAGGGGCGCUGAAAUCUGUGGAUAUUUCGUCGGGGUACUCCUGGCUGUUGGCAUUCUCCUUAUAUGGCCUGCCUUUAUGCUGUUAACCUUCAUUUGGGAACAACACGUAUGGAACUCCUGGUGGUUGGUCUGCCUCAUCUGGCUCUGCAUCGCCGCUGCCUAUUGUAUCUUCCUCCCUCUUGUGUUAGAAGUCUACAACAUUUGUAGUCAGCGGGAAUACAAUCGCACCAUCAAGAGACGACACAAAAAGGAAAAGGAUUAUGAAUAUUACGCACAAGUGGAUGAACACAGUUUGAUAAGUGAAAGUGUUGGGAAAAGAUCACAGUAUGUUGAUGCAACAGCUACCGAGAUGAACUCAGUAACCAUUAAUCCAGCUUCAUAAACAUUCAAAAAGUCACUGGUC